AUGUCCGGUUCUCCACCACCGGAACGGCCUGCUGAACCUCCACAGAUCGCUGGCCGGAGAAGGAAGCGAUCACAUACCCCUCCCGUCACAACGACCGCUACGACUCUCGCGCCCAUCACUCCCUUGGACACUAGUGCUGCUCGACCGGCGACGUUGUUAAGAGGUGGUGAGACUCUGGGAGAGCUUGCUGUACAGCAUGACCCUUAUGCGCUCAACUAUCCGCCCCCUCCGACGACAUAUCAAGCCGCUUCCACCCUGUUAUCAUCGUCAACUAGUGUACAGGAUUCCCGAUUCGCGCUCAGCCCCAUAUCGCCUCGCACAACCCGGAAACCAAAGGCGCAUGUUGCCUCAGCGUGCGUGAACUGCAAGAGGAAGCACUUGAGGUGUGAUGCCAGUCGUCCGUGCCGGAGGUGUGUGCAGAGCGGCAAAGAGGAUACCUGUCGCGACGUCGAACAUAAGAAGAGAGGCCGUCCUCCACUCAAAGCCGAGGACCAAGCCAACGUGGCUCGUUAUCAAGCCUCGACGGCUCACUAUCCGUCAUCUUCACCCGCUGGAGCGGCACCAUUAGGGCCCCCGACAAGAUUUCCAACCUUUUCGCAGGGUCCCGGACUAACACCGCUUCUACCGUCUCCCGCACCUUGGUUCCGAUCUCAGCAGCAAGGGAUGCCCGCUUACUACCCUACACCAGUGCAACCAUCAAUAUCCUCAAGUCUGGCAACGGCGGAAGGGAGUUUCGUACCCCCCUCUUCUGGGCCAUAUGGUAUCCGUCCUCCGAUACUCCCAGGACAAUCGCCAUCACCAUACACUUCUCGUGCAGAGUCCACGCCGCAAGGGACGGCUUACGCCAGUUACCCUUUCACACCACAAGGGCAGCCGGAGCGCUCUUAUUAUUCGAAUCCCAUCUUUCCACCCCAAAUACCGUCCACUUUACCUUCGGAACAGCUCGCGCCCCUACAAACCUCAUCUGCCCUACAGCUGCCUCCUAUUAACUUUCCAGCCCCCUCCGGGUUGAUUGAUCCGGCGAUUGUGCAACAACCCGCUCAGUCGACUCGACCGUCUCCGCGAGGGGGACAGGAGAGUAGGGACGAUGGCACACAAGAACCAGACCCAAAACGACCGAAGAUGGACAUCAAAGGGAUUCUGGGUCCUCGUAACGACUGA